AUGUCUUCACCAAGCUCUGCCAACGUUGUUGCCCUUAGGGGACAAAAGCGAAAGGCAGAUGAAGAUCUUUUGGAGGCCAUCAAGAAGAGACGCUUCGACUACCUUAAGGAGAUCGAAGAAGAGAAGCAGAAGCGCGAGGAGCUGGCCAGGAUAUUGGAGGAGGAUGAGGAGGAAGACGAGGACUUCACUGCAUUCGGCAGAUCAAUUUGUGAUUACUUCUAUGAUCACACAUAUGAGGAUCCAGAAAAAGAAGACUUGAGAAUACAGGUGAGUAAUUUUGAAUUGAUUUCGAGGGGUUUUGGAUACUUUUGGAUACUUCUUGUGGAAUUUUUGGGAUUCGUUUGAAUUUUCGUGAUACUUUUGGAUACUUUUAGUGGGAUUUUUGAUCUAAUUUUGAAUUUCUAGGGAUACUUUUUGUUGGAUUUUUUCAUAUUCUUCCGAAAACUUGGACUCUUUAAGCGCUGUUAAAACAUGAAAAAAUACCAAAUUCUUAUUUUUUUUGAUCUCAAAAAUAAUUUGCAAUAACAUUUUAUUGUUGCUUUAGCUUAUAAAUGACCAGUUUAAACCCAUUUAUUAUUUGCUGACAAUUUCUUUUUUCAGGAACUGCUCAGAGAAAUGGAAGAACAGAAGACGAUGAAGAGGUUGCAAUAUGAGGCCGACGAGGAAGCAGACUACUACAGUAGUCUGUACGACGAGCUGUAUGGGGAAGAUGAUGAAGAUGGUCAUGAAUUGGAUGUGGAAGAAGAAUGGGCAGAAGUAGAUUUGGAUGAAGAAGAGUUUGAGGAAGAAGAAGAAGAAGAAGAAGGUCAGUUGGUAGAAGAAGAGGAAGAAGAAUGCUUGGAAGAAGAGGAAUUUGAAGAAGAAGAUCAAGAAGAUCGGGAGCUGGAAGAGGAAGAAGAAUAUUUGGAAGAAGAGGAGAUUGGAGAAGAAGAAGAAGAAGAAGGUCAGUGGAUUGAAGAAGAGCAGGAAGAAGAAUAUUUGGAGGAGCGCUAUGAAGAAGAGCAGGAAGAAGAUGAAGAAAUCGAUGUUAUUAAUAUUUAA